UCUCCUAUACAUGGUUCGAAAGGAUAUCCAUGAUGGUCAUUUUGCUCAACUGUGUUACUUUAGGAAUGUACCAGCCCUGUGUGGAUGAUGAAUGCAGGACGAAUAGGUGUAAAAUACUUCAGGUGUUCGACGAUUUUAUAUUUGCCUUCUUUACAUUAGAGAUGAUGAUAAAAAUGGUGGCGAUGGGCGUGUGGGGUCCCGGUUCGUAUUUAGCAGACUCUUGGAACAGACUAGACCUCUUUAUAGUAUUAGCAGGAGCUUUCGAGUAUUGUCUUCACGUUGACAAUAUGAACUUGUCCGCGAUAAGAACCAUACGGGUGCUGAGACCUCUUAGAGCAAUAAAUAGAAUACCAAAGGUCCCGGGUUCAAAUCCCGGACGAGCCCANUUGCUACUAGACACGUUGCCCAUGUUGGGUAACGUCCUACUUCUGUGCUUUUUCGUCUUUUUCAUUUUCGGAAUUGUUGGCGUGCAAUUAUGGCAAGGAAUCCUUAGACAAAGAUGCUACGUUCCCAAGGGCAUCAACAUAACAUUCCCAGAUUUCAUUUUCGGAAUUGUUGGCGUGCAAUUAUGGCAAGGAAUCCUUAGACAAAGAUGCUACGUUCCCAAGGGCAUCAACAUAACAUUCCCAGAAGAAGUAUCUCAUUACUAUAAGCUGUCCAGCGAGUUAGAAUACAUCUGUACGAAGAGAGACACGGCGGGGAUGCACCAGUGUAUCAACCUGCCCCCUUAUAAAGAUGGCAACAUAACCUGCAAUCUCACCUACGAACAGGCGCAUUACGAAGCCAGAGACGGAUGUGUCAAUUGGAAUCAAUAUUACACCGCCUGUCUGGAAGGAGGACAAAAUCCUUUCGAGGGAACAAUUUCGUUUGACAAUAUUGGACUCGCCUGGGUGGCAAUAUUUCUGGUCAUAUCUCUGGAAGGAUGGUCAGAUAUCAUGUACUACGUUCAGGACGCUCAUAGCUUUUGGGAUUGGAUAUACUUCGUUCUUCUUAUUGUUAUUGGUUCCUUCUUCAUGAUCAAUUUGUGCCUAGUCGUUAUAGCAACUCAAUUUUCGGAAACGAAAAAACGAGAAAUGGAGCGAAUGCGAAUGGAACGAGCAAGGUUCCAGAGUACGAGCACUUUGGCCUCGUCUACUAACAACAGCGAACCCACCACUUGUUACGCAGAAAUAGUCAAGUAUAUCGCUCAUCUUUACAGACGCCACAAAAGGAAACUACUGAAGAAAAUUAGGCUUCUGAGGUACCGCAGGGAUCAGAUGAGGGAAGAAAGAAUGAUAGCCGGGGACACUAUACGACUCAAUUUUAAUCGAAAACACCACCCUUGUUGCCCGAAAAUAAAACAAAUGCAACUUUCGAGUUCUCCAACUCCCCAAGUGGUAUCGUCGACGACUGGUUCAAUUAGUGCACCAGCCACGGUGGAGAACUCCUCGAAGGAACUGAAACAAGUGGACGACGGUGGCGAAGAGAUGACGACGUCUACCGCGACCGCGAUUAUUCCGAAAAGGCCGAGCUUGUUGCGAGUCCCCGCCUGCACUUCCAACCAGGACAUAGCAAUUAACAAUAUCGAAAGCCCCACAAACUUACUGUCGCCGCCGCUUAGCCAGGGUAGCAUAAGAAGGAGGUCGUCGGUCAUGUUCAGCGACGUAAUACUGUUGCACAAGCAAGACGGUUCACCGACGUCACCUUGUUCUUCGGCAGACCUAUUAAAUAACGAGAACAUAGCUUCCACUGAAAAGAAAAACGUCUGUUCCAGCGAGAAAAUGACACAGACAGGUGACGGCAACAUUUGGCAAAUUACCGCAAACGUUAACAGUGGUCCCCUCAAUCAGCAACAAGUUUUAGUAACGCAGCAACAGAUUGCUGCUGAAUGCUGCGAUUUAUUAAACGGAGAAGCAAUGACAUGUCAAGAGUUGCUAGCUCUGGGGGCAAUCAAUGCUGCACUGCCCACUGGGCAAAUACCCCUGAUGGACACUUUCUUCGAUACUCUGUCCAAAGGCGUGGUGUCAAGUCACCCCAAAAGUUCACUCAACGAAGAUGCGUACGUCCAGCAACCGCAGUGUACGGACGAUGAAUUUGCCUGUUGUCAAGAAUUAUGGGGAGGCAAUGGGGAUGACUAUAAGGAUAAAAAGAGGUCAAGACUUUACGUUAUUGUUUGCACAGUAGUAAAGGGUAUAUUUAGGAGUAUCCGGUGCACGAGAAGGUACAUCAGGCUGUUGGUGGAGCACAAAUAUUUUCAACAGGGAAUUCUACUGGCCAUCUUGAUAAAUACGCUUUCGAUGGGAAUUGAAUACCACAAACAACCUGAGGAAUUGACUGCGAUAGUAGAGACUAGUAACGUUGUGUUUUCUGCAAUUUUUGCUGUUGAAAUGGUGCUUAAGGUCCUCUCGGAAGGACCGUUCAAAUAUAUUUCUAAUGGUUUCAACGUUUUCGAUGGAGUUAUUGUUAUUUUAAGUGUGGUCGAACUGUGUCAGAAGUUUUGGGGCGACUCCCACGGAGACUCAGGCUUAUCAGUGUUACGAACUUUUCGUUUGUUAAGGAUUUUGAAACUUGUGAGAUUUAUGCCUAACUUGAGAAGACAAUUAUUCGUUAUGCUACGAACAAUGGACAACGUAGCAAUUUUCUUUUCUUUGCUUAUAUUGUUUAUUUUCAUCUUUAGUAUCCUUGGUAUGAAUCUUUUCGGGUGCAAGUUUUGCGAAGAAAAAACGCCAAAAGGUAAAUGUACCAGCACUGCUGAAGAAGACAAAGAUAGGAAAAAUUUUGACACCUUAUUAUGGGCCACUGUUACUGUUUUUCAGAUUUUAACUCAAGAAGACUGGAAUAUCGUCCUUGCCAACGGUAUGUCUAAAACGUCCCAUUGGGCAGCCCUUUAUUUUGUGGCUCUCAUGACCUUUGGCAACUACGUCCUUUUCAACCUACUGGUAGCCAUCCUGGUCGAAGGUUUCAGUGCAGAAAGGAACGAAAGAAGGGAAAGGGAACAAAGGGAAUUGGCUAGGAAAAUGUCGUGUAUGUUGGAAGCUGUAAGGCGGGCUAGUUACGAAGACAAAAACCGAUCUACGUCGACAUCUAGCGACAGUAUUGUAAAUGAAUGUAAAAAUACCUGGAGAUCCGUGGAUGACCUUCAAAAACUGAAGAGUACCAACGAUCAGCAAGAACUAUCUACUGGAUGCAGUCACUGCGAUUUAAAAGCUUACAGAAGAAAAGACAGCUGUUACAUCAAGUCACCCGUUCUGCAUGCCAUCACCGAACCAAAAUGUAACAUCCAAAAGGAAUCUUUUAUGUUAAAACAACCGCCGCGUCAAAAUUCACCCCCAAUAAUUACGCACACGGCCGCGACUCCCCAGGAUUCACCCAGCACCACCCUAGACGACUACCCGGAAUUUAAAUACAACGUCAUGUGCAAUGAGCCGUGCCCCGUCGAUGAAAUUAUAAAUAUUGAGAAUAUAAACCGAUCAGCGAACAACAACGCGCCAGCAUUUCUUAAACCCCCAGCCUUGUCACCACCACCCUUAACUUUCCGACAAUUUGAAAAGCUCCCCGACGAUUCGAAGACAGUGUCAUCGAAAAUAAUUACGCAUAAUGAACGAAUUGGAUCAAAGACGACUACAUUUUCCGAAAAGGUAAGCAUUCCCGUUUCGAGUGCAAAUAAAGCUACAAACUCACAAAAUCAGCCACAGGAAAAACCGAAGAUACAACGCGGUUAUUCAUGGAAGCUUCGCUCGCGACCGAGCUUGAGAAGGAAAAAGAACAGAAGCGGUUCCGAUUCGGAAGCCGUGCCACUGAACAAUGGAAGAGAUCAUUCACAAUGUAACGGAGGCAACAUCACCAGACACGCUAGCUUAAGGAAUGAUUCUCUUCUGCAGUCGCCUAUUAGAAUCCAAAACGACACCCAAAAAGAUGCGCCAAAUAAUAAAAACCAAAAAGCUCUUAGUCCCCAGAAUUCAUUUAGAAGUAGAUCGAACACUUGCAGUCCAAUGCAACAG